GCUUGCCCAAGUAGCUGUACCUGUACUGCAUCAAUAGCUUUUUUUAACUCAACAACAGUAGAUUGCUCAUUCAGAUCAUUAACCAAGUUACCGAUCUUUAUGCCCAGUGGUUGUUUGUACAUAGACAUUUCAUUAAAUUCGAUUUCUAUUCUUCAUAAUAGAGAUUAUUUAAACAGAGCAUUAAGUUUUAAUAUUAGUACCAAUAAAAUAUUACAUGUUAAUGCAGAUGCCGUAGCACGUCUACAGAACGUGAAAUUUCUUGAUUUAAGCUUUAAUCAGUUAUUGAGCAUACCUCUUUCCUUUCGGUACAAUUUAUUUAACAAAACGGAAACAAUAUUUCUCUUAGGGAAUGAGUGGAAGUGUUCCUGUGCCAAUGUUUGGAUGGGGGAAUGGAUUAAUACCAACAGU